AUGGCUUACGACAGGUUUGUGGCCAUAUGUCACCCCUUACACUAUACAGUCAUCAUGAAUCCUUGGCACUGUGUUCUUCUGCUUCUGUCAUCUUAUACUAUAAGUUUCCCGUAUUCCUUGUUACAAAGCUUAACAGUGGUACAGCUGUCCUUCUGUACAAACAGGGAAAUCCCCAGUUUUUUCUGUGAAACCAAUCAGGUUGUCCAACUGGCCUGUUCUGAUACCUUCAUCUGUGACAUGGUAAAGUAUCUUGCAGCAGUGCUGCUGGGUGGUGGUUCCCUUGCUGGAAUAAUUUCCUCUUACUCUAAGAUAGUUUCUUCCAUAAAAGGAAUCUCAUCAGCUCAUGGGAAGUAUAAAGCGUUUUCCACCUGUGCAUCUCACCUCUCAGUUGUUUUCUUAUUUUAUUGUUCAGUCCUGGGAGUGUAUGUCAUUUCUGCUGUUGCCCACAGUUCACACUCAAGUGCAACAGCUUCGGUGAUGCACAGUGUGAUUACACCCAUGCUGAACCCCUUCAUCUACAGUCUCAGGAAUAAAGACAUAAAGGAAGCUCUGAAAAUAUUAUUUGGGAAGAAGAAAUACAGGGGAUAA